ACAAUGUCAAAAAAAAAAAAAAUUAUCAUUACUUAUUAAUCGAAGUAUAUUUCGAUUGAAUUCAUGGCGAUUCUUGUUUUCCCCCGCAACAUUCCAACAAAAACAACAACUGUGUUUCAAAAUCAUCAUCAUCGUCGUCGUUCUUGCUCACUUGCUUUCCGAUGUUGUUCUUCUGUCAAAUUGUCUUCAAAGUCAAUAACUGCUGCUGGUAGCUCCAAAACGACAACAGAUGCAACAGCAGUUGUUUGGUACAAAAAUGAUAUUCGUGUUGAUGAUCAUCCUGGCUUAAUUGCGGCUUCUUCAAAACAUUCCACGAUCGUUCCGAUUUAUGUUUUCGAUCACCGCAUUCUUCGCAACUUCACUGAAGAAAUGCUUGAGCUGCUUCUGUUUGCCGUGAAAGAUUUGAGAAGUUCAUUGAAGGGUAUGGGAUCUGAUCUGAUGAUCAGGUCUGGAACGGCAGAAUCUGUUAUUCAGCAUCUUGUAAAACAGGUAGGGGCUGCAAAUGUUUACACACAAGAUGAGGUGGAAUAUGACUUACGGUUGCUGAUUGAGAGCGUUAAACAAAACUUGAGAGAUUUAUCUCUUGAAGAAGAAUGUAGCCCUGAGAUGUCUCUAUGUAAAACUCCCUUUUAUGAGUUGAAGAACAUGACGGACCUUCCAUUGUCAUAUGAUGAUUUUCAACGGUUAAAAUUGCAUGUGACUUCACCUUUUUCAGCCCCAAAAUUACCCGGCCAAAAGACAGAUUUAGAUUGGGGUCUUAUACCGACACUUGAUGAUUUAAAGGAAUUCAUGGAUAAGAGUCCAUACAAAUCAAAGGAUAGCUGGAGUUUGAUCAAGAAUAGUUCUGCUGAAUAUGUAUUACAGAAGGCUAGAAUUCUUAUGUCAAAUGGUGUGACUGCUACUCAAAGCAAUAUGACCUCCCCUGCUUCUCAGAUUAAGAAGAGAUCAAAAAAAUCAGCAUUUGUUACAAAGCAAGGAAUUUUUGUUGGAGGUGGAACUAGUGAUGUGCUUAAUGCAUUGGCUGCAUAUUUAAGAUAUUUAGAGGGUACUGCACGGGAUGAUUGGCAGGAGGUGCAUGAAAGAUUACGUAAUGCUGAAACCCGAGAAGGAGCUUCCUUUGGUAUUCUUUUUGGACCUGCCCUUCAGCUUGGAAUUGUUUCUCGAAGGAGAGUGUAUUAUGAGACCAUAAAAUAUGAAAAAGAGCGAAAUGGUGGAUUCCUCUCACCCUUUGGUUAUUCAGCUGCCACUGUAGCCGCAGCAGCGAAUUAUGUUUCCUCCAAAGAGUGGUAUCAUCUUUUGGCUUCAAGAAGUCAAGUGGACUCCACAAAAAGAUAUUCUACUCGGUACUGGAGGUGGAAAGGUCAUCUAAUACAGUAUGCCGUUGUAGGUAUUGACGGUCCACCUAUCCUUCUUGUACAUGGUUUCGGUGCCUUUUUGGAGCAUUUCCGUGACAAUAUCAAUGACAUAGUUGAAGGUGGCAACCGUGUUUGGUCCGUCACACUUCUAGGAUUUGGCAGAUCAGAGAAACCAAAUGUUGUAUACACCGAACUUAUGUGGGCCGAGUUACUAAGAAAUUUCAUAGUUGAUGUUGUUGGCGAACCAGUUCAUCUUGUUGGGAACUCAUUUGGAGGUUAUUUUGUUUCCAUUGUUGCCGGCUUGUGGCCUGCGCUAGCAAGGUCUGUGGUGCUCUUAAACAGUGCAGGACAUUACAUCCCAGGAUAUUCUUUAGUGCCUCCCUUCAAGGAAAGGAAAACUACAGGAAUCGCAUGGUUAGGUGCCAGGGGGCUUUCCUUCUACCUGAGGCUGAGCUUUAGGAACUUAGUGAAGCGUUGCUACCCAACUAAAACAGACCGUGCUGACGAAGGGCUCCUCAAUGAGAUGGUCAGAGCAUCAUAUGACCCUGGUGUCCUGGUGGUUCUAGAAAGCAUCUUUACUUUUGAUCCUUCAAUUCCUCUAAAUUAUCUUCUCAAAGGAUUCGAGAAUAAGGUCCUUAUUAUCCAAGGCAUGAAAGACCCAAUCUCCGACUCAAAGACGAAAGUUAGUGUCCUCAAGAGACACUUUAAGGAAAGCGUAAUUAAGGAGCUGGAUGCAGGCCAUUGCCCCCAUGAUGAGGUACCUGAGGAAGUCAACUGUAUCAUCCAGGAGUGGGUGAUAAGUAUCGAAAGCAGACACAAGAUCCUAGAUCAAACGAGCAAAGGAGAAAGCAGAAUAGUAGUCUAAGAAGUGCUCGAGCUUUGUAGUAAUGUGUGACUGAUCAGAAGGUUAACUUCAUUGAUAAAGGUGUUCCAUACCAGUCCGUCAUAAUAUUAUCUGGAGCAAUAGUCUUAAAUAUAUAGUAUUUUUUAGUGAAGCUAGCUCGUCUUACCAUAAAAUCUGGUAGUGGUAUGGAGAUCCAAAUGACUAACAUUUUAAGAUGUACAUAGCCGGUUGUUUGUAGGCAUAUUCAUUUGUCUACAAAGUUGAUACGAAAACUCAAUAUCUUGUUAGGAUCACCAACAAAGCCAAAGUUAUGGAUAGGAAGUUCUCACUAGUAAAUUUGCUAAAGCAUUGCAUGAA